AUGCGAGCCUUCACAGGAAGAUUGAGAAUAGCAUUCCUGGCUUUCUUCAUAUCGCACAUUCCCAUUACAAUAUCCAUCGAUGCACAGGCCGCAUUGCCCCUGUAUCCGCAAGCACUCCGAGACUUGGUUGCUUGGUAUUGUUCGGUCUCGGGGGAUGUUUUGAUGAUGGAACCUCACAACAAAGUAUGGUUCUCUUCCAUUGUAUUGGGUGAGGUCAUGUUGCAGCUCCCUUUCUUUUUCGUGGCCGUCCAUAUGAUGUACAAACAUGGCGAUGUUGCAAAGUCAGCAAGAUAUCCUCGAUGGUUUCAGAAGGCAUGUUUGGUGUAUGGUUCCCACGUUGCUACAACUCUGAUUCCAAUAAAUGGCACCCUUUUGGUCAGUUCUGAAAUGAGCCCUAUUCAGAAGAUGGUGACCAUUACGAUUUAUUCGCCGUAUUGGAUAUUUCCUUUGCUUUUGGUCUGGUAUGCUUGGGAAGAUGAUGCUGGUGGUGCAAAUGACAAGACUCCCAAUAAUCAGGACACAAGGUUGAAGAAAGAGUGA